AAGAUUCCCACCUAUCAGAACGAGGACUUUUAAUUUUGGUAUUAUUAUAGCCAUACGCUACGUCUGUGUUCGUUCCGGUGGAAGCAGAGGUGCAGUAACCGACCUUACCCGUUUCAUUUGAGUGACGUAACCGUACCUUUCUGUUGACAACAGCACUCGAGCUUUUUCCAGGCUCACCGUGCAGAAUGGCAGGGGCGGUGGGAAGCAGAGGGUGUUCCAAAAUCAGAGGUUCUCAAUUACGAGAGCUCCUCGACGCAAAGCACAACGUCCUUUUCGAUUGCGACGGCGUCAUCUGGAAUGGCGAAACAGUGGUGACAGGCGCUCCAGAGGUGGUGACACUAUUGAAACAGCAAGGCAAAAAGGUAUUUUUCGUGACUAACAACUGCACCAGGCCCAGAGCUAACUACGUGACAAAGUUUGCGCGUUUGGGGUUCACUGAUGUGGAUGAGGAGGAUAUAUUCAGCUCUGCGUACUGCUCUGCAGCUUACCUGCGCGACGUGGCGAAGGUGCAGGGAAAGGUGUAUGUCAUCGGUUGUCAAGGGGUUGUGAAGGAGCUACAGGAGGCUGGAGUUCCCAUAGUGGAGGAGAGUGAAGACGCACAAACGGGGACCAUUUACGACUAUCCAUUGGACCAGGACGUGAAGGCAGUGCUUGUUGGAUAUGACGAAAAAUUCAACUUCAUAAAACUGGCAAAAGCUACCUGUUAUUUACAAAACCCCAACUGCCUCUUUGUAGCUACUGACCCUGACCCUUGGCACCCUCUGCGAGGUGGUAGAAUAACACCAGGAUCGGGGAGCCUCACGGCUGCCGUGGAAACGGCCAGCAGCAGGACGGCUAUGGUGAUUGGCAAGCCUAGCCGCUUCAUGUUCGAGUGCAUGGCCAGCCAGUUCGGGCUGGACCCUGCCCAGUCCAUUAUGGUUGGCGAUCGCCUGGAGACGGACAUCCUGUUUGGGGCUAAGUGUGGCUUGGACACCAUGCUUACUUUGACAGGGGUGUCCACCAUGGAAGAGGCGCAGAGCUAUAAGGACAGUGAUGACCCAGAGAAGAUGCACUUUGUGCCAGAUUACGUGGUGGAAACCAUUGCCGAUUUUGUCCAAGCAUACGAGGAGGAAGGGAAGGAGGGCUGAAGUCUUAAUGGACAUAAAUAAAACCGCUAAAGCUGUGUCUGUGCUUAGAAACUUGGACAUAUCACUGAAUAGUGAAGUAGUGAUCUGUAUUUAAGGUGGUGUUGUGUAGUCAUUCCUAAAAGGCCUCAUGAAUUCUGCAAUGCGUUAUUAGUCUUGCCAUAAGCAUGCACGGCGUUGUUCUGCAAAGACUGUGAGAUGGCAUGAAGCAUCUGAUGAACAUAUCACAGUAUGCACCCAUGUUUGGUGUUGCUUCGCAUGCUUAUGGCAGGUCUUUGCAAUGACACAUUCCCUAACAUCUCAGAGGGUUUUCUGAAUGAUGACUUCAAUAGUGUAUACACAUUAGAGCCUAAUCAACACAGUUCAAAGGUAUUGGCUUGUUGUCGAAACAGUUCCUUCAGUAACAGUGUUUGUGUUUCAUAAGUUGGAAAAUGUCUUAUUUCCUUGAUCACUGCUGACUCGUUUCCUCCAAUAAUAUGCAUAUGCAUGAAUGUUGUUCUGCAAAUGCAUAAAGCAUCUGCUGUCCCAAUAUGGAAGGAGGUGAGCAAAGGUACCGUAAACUGUAACAUACACAAAAACAGAGAAUGGAAACAAAAUAUAUAUAGGUGUAUCCUUUGCUUAAGUUUAUUUUAGAAACAAAGUUCAUGCCCUUAAGCAUAUCAAAUGUGCAGUGCAAAUGACAUACACCCUUGUCUACAAAAAGAAGAAACGUGAAGGGGUAAAUUAAAGCAACAAUAUUUCUCAAUCCGGCAGUUCAAUCUACACAAAUGUACCCACACCGAUGAGCCACAUAAUUAUGCUGUUGGUCCUUCAUGUGCCGCCAAAACAGUGCAGACCCGUCGACACAUGGAGGCAAUGCACUCUGUUGUGACACAUUCCUCUAUUAACUAAAAGUAGUUUGUCCCUCCUUGGACCACUGUCUGUAGGUACCAUGUCUGACCAGGAGCACACCAUAAGCUUUGGCUUUUGUGAGAUGCUCUGACCCAGUUUUCUGGCCAUGAUUUGGCCCCUGUCAAAGUCUCUCAGGUUUUUACCCAUUUCUCCUGCAUCCAACAUGAUGACUACAAGAACUGAUUGUUUGCUUACCAUCUAAUAUACCCAGACCAUGACCUCAUGUGCCCUUGUUAGAAGAUGAUGACGUCACUCACUUCGCUUAUGCGUAUAGUCAUAAUGUUUUGGCUCAUUGGUGUACAUACACUUGUAGAUUAAUAAAAUGAGAUCAAUGUUUUUAGAAUGUAAUUCACAGUAGACACAUGAAUGGUGAAGUAUUAAAACGGUAAAACAAAAAAUUGGAUGUUGUAAAAGCACCAAAAUGUAUGGUGCCGGAAUAGAUAAGCAUCCCAAUAGUCCCUUAAUCUGCUCAGCCCCUCAUGUUGUCUAACCUGUCUUCAUUUUUUGGUUUUAUUAAUCCCACGUUCUGAUGAAAUGGUGGGGAACACAACAGUGUGUUAUGGAUUGUUGCGCGUCAGAUAUCUAUACCCAAUCUGUACCUAACUUGACAAGCACUUUUUCUUAUCAAGGUUUAAAGACAAUAAUCCAGAAAGGCCUGCCAUCCAUUCAGAACCAAAUGUACUUUUCUGUAGUCAAAGCACAGAUAUAUGUGUUCUUUAAUGUCCUCAUGCCUCCUUUUUACAUAAGGCUUUCGACAUACUAUGAAAUGUGGGCUGAUUUAAUUUGGGUUAUUGUUGCAUCAAUGUUUAACUUCAGCCUGAACAUCUGUCCUGAUGUGUAAUUUCUUGAGAAUAGUUUUGUGAAACUCGAAAUGCCACAAUUGUAUGGUUCCUGUAAGGACCCUUCCCAAUAGUAAAAACAAGAUUAGCAUGUUAGAAAAUGGUGUAGCACAAGAAAUUUAUAAAUGCCAUUAUGGGUUGUUUCCAUUGCAGUAAUUCUGCAAAACAGUUUGCAAAUAAGUGCAAAAGAGAUGGGUUAUUCAAUUUUGUUUCAAUGCAUUUUUCGAUUAUAAUUGCAAUUUACUUGUUUUAGAAAGUAUGUGUGUUUUCAUGGGUAAUAUUGAUAAUGGUGAAACAAGAUAUGAUUGAUAAUUUGAGAGAAAUAACAUUUUGUUCUUACACUUAGCUAAAAAUUGUACAUAAAAAUAUUUUAGACUUGAAGACUACUUUCAUACUGUAGAUUAAUUACCUAAUUCAAUGAGGAAUGCCAAACAGUUCAGUGUGAAUUACAACAAUUAGACAUUAUGCAUAUAGUGAAUUAUGUUUGAAAUGUAUGACUGUAGUGCCAAUAAGGAUUUGAUUUCUAAUUAAAAACUCCUGCUUUGUA